UAUCAAGCCGACCUCUAAUACUACUAGUACUACUAGGAAUUUAUAAAGUCUAUAAAAAGCACGUUGGUCCAAACCCUAGAACUCCAUAACUUUGAGCUUUGUACCAGAUCUUCCUUGGCACAAACUCUCACACUCAUUCAGUUCAAGGCUUCAAGUCCCAAUAUUCUGUGAUGGCUACAAAACGUAUUCUUAAGGAAUUAAAGGAUUUGAAGAGGGAUCCUCCAGUUUCUUGCAGUGCUGGUCCCAUUGGAGAAGACAUGUUUCAUUGGCAAGCAACAAUAAUUGGUCCACAAGACAGUCCUUAUGAUGGGGGUGUGUUUUUGGUUAACAUACACUUCCCACCAGAUUACCCAUUUAAGCCACCAAAGGUUUCAUUUACAACAAAAGUUUUCCACCCUAACAUCAACAACAAUGGAAGCAUUUGCCUUGACAUUCUUAAAGAACAAUGGAGCCCUGCCCUUACAAUAUCUAAGGUGCUGUUGUCGAUAUGCUCACUACUGACAGAUCCAAACCCGGAUGAUCCUCUUGUCCCCGAGAUUGCUCAUAUGUACAAGACCGACAAAGCCAAGUAUGAGACUACUGCUCGAGCUUGGACUGAGAAAUAUGCGAGCUCUUGAUUUGAUUUCAGUUUAGGGAACCUAUAGCUUGAGUGAAGUGAAUUUAAGAUGGGUUCUCUAGUAAUUUUUUAUAAAUACAAGUGGAUUGGGUUUUGUACGUACAUUUUGAAUGCUAUUUAGGUUUAUAGAUAUUCAUCAUUUCUCUUUUA